UCGGGCCGGAGGAGUGCGAUCCCUGUCCGCAGCGCAUCGAUGCUCAGAACCGCUGGAGUAACCUGGAGAGGCCGGAGCCGAGCACCGGGGAGCCGCGCGUCCGAGUAGCCGCCGAGAGGGACCGAGCCCCGGCCACAGCAUGGCGGUGGAAGAGGAAGGUCUCCGGGUUUUCCAGAGCGUUAAAAUAAAAAUAGGAGAAGCAAAAAAUCUCCCUCCUUACCCGGGGCCCAACAGGAUGAGGGACUGCUACUGCACCGUCAACCUGGACCAAGAGGAGGUCUUCAGGACCAAGAUUGUGGAGAAGUCACUCUGUCCGUUCUACGGGGAGGAUUUCUACUGUGAGAUCCCACGAAGCUUCAGACACCUCUCCUUCUACAUCUUCGACAGGGAUGUGUUCAGGAGGGACUCCAGCAUUGGCAAGGUUGCAGUGAAGAAAGAGGACCUGCAGAAAUAUCACGGCAAAGACACCUGGUUCCAGGUUCAACCUGUCAGCGCUGACUCAGAGGUGCAGGGAAAAGUGCACCUGGAGCUUCGUCUGAGUGAAGUCAUCACCGACAGCGGAGUCAUCAGCCAUAAACUAGCCACACGAGUGUUGGAGUGCCAAGGUCUUCCAAUAGUCAACGGCCAAUGUGAUCCCUACGCUGCUGUUUCCUUACUCGGACCCUCAAGGUCAGAUGCCAAAAAGACCAAGGUGAAGAGGAAAACCAACAAUCCGCAGUAUGAGGAGGUUUUCUAUUUUGAGGUGACACGACCAUUAAGUUACACGAAGCGACAUUUUGAUGUCGAAGAAGAGGACGUGGACAAAUUGGCCCUGAGGGUGGAUCUGUGGAACGCCAGCAACCUGAAGUUCGGGGAUGAGUUCCUGGGCGGCGUGCGGGUUCCUCUGCGAGUCCUGGGUCAGGUCGGGGUUCACGACGCAUGGUACUUUCUCCAGCCAAGGGAGAACGGAGGGAAGCCAGUGAAGGUGGAGGAGCUCGGCUCUCUGCGUCUGAACAUCGUUUACACCGAGGACCACGUCUUCCCGUCGGAACAUUACACUCCUCUCAGAGAUCUGCUGCUGUACUCUGCUAUGGUCCAGCCCGUGUCAGCGUCCACCGCUCACACCCUGGGGGAGGUGUGUCGAGAAAAGCAAGAAGCCGCCAUACCCCUCGUGCGUCUCUUCCUUCAUUACGGCAAGAUCGUGCCUUUCAUCAGCUGCAUCGCUCACGCUGAAGUCAACCGCACACAGGAUCCAAAUACCAUUUUCCGGGGAAACUCGCUGACUUCUAAGUGCAUUGAUGAGACCAUGAAGCUGGCAGGAAUGCACUAUCUGCAGGUCACACUUAAACCCAUCAUAGAUGAGAUCUGCGCAGAACACAAACCCUGUGAAAUCGACCCGGUGAAGCUCAAAGAGUCGGAGAACCUGGACACUAACAGGGAAAACCUUCGUCAGUAUGUCGACCGCAUCUUCAACGUCAUCACCACCUCUGGCGUUCGCUGUCCCACCGUCAUGUGUGAUAUCUUCUUCUCUCUGAGAGAGUCCGCUGCCACUCGUUUCCAAGUCGACCAGGAUGUACGAUACACAGCAGUGAGCAGUUUCAUUUUCCUGCGUUUCUUUGCUCCAGCCAUCCUCUCCCCCAACUUGUUCCAUCUACGGCCGCACCAUCCAGAUCCCCCCACCUCACGAACCCUGACCCUCAUCUCCAAGACGAUUCAGACCCUGGGAAGUCUCGCAAAGUCUAAAUCUGCCAACUUCAAAGAGUCUUACAUGGCUGCGUUUUACGACUACUUCAACGAGCAGAAAUAUGCGGACGCUGUGAAGAAUUUCCUGGACCUGAUCUCCACCUCUGGCAAAUGGGAUCAGAAGAGCAUUGAAACACCCAUCAUGCUCAAAGAGGGAUUUAUGAUAAAGAGAGCACAGGGGAGAAACAGGUUUGGGAUGAAGAACUUCAAAAAGAGAUGGUUUCGCCUCACGAACCACGAGUUCACCUACCACAAGACCAAAGGUGAGUGCGCUCUGUGCAGCAUUCCCAUAGAAAACAUCCUGGCUGUAGAGCGGCUGGAGGAGGAGUCUUUCAAAAUGAAAAAUAUGUUCCAGGUCAUUCAGCCAGAGCGAGCCCUCUACAUCCAGGCCAACAACUGUGUGGAGGCGCGCGACUGGAUCGACAUCCUGACUAAAGUCAGCCAGUGCAACCGCAAGCGCCUGAGCACCUACCAUCCCUCAGCCUACCUCAACGGCCACUGGCUCUGCUGCAAGGUCUCGGCGGACACAGCCCCGGGAUGCACGCCAUGCACCGGCGGCCUCCCGGCAAACAUUCAGCUGGACGUGGACGGAGACCGAGAGACGGAGAGGAUUUACUCCCUGUUCAGCACGUACAUGACCAAACUGAUCAAGAUGCAAGAGGCCUGUGGCAGUAAGUCAGUGUACGACGGGCCCGAACAGGAGGAGUACUCCAGCUUUGUCAUCGACUGCCCGCAGGAGACCUACAAAACCCUGAAGCUGAUCGUUUCAGCCGUGCAGACUUUGGAGCAGCAGCACACCAAGUACAAACGGGACAAGUUCAAGAAGACAAAGAUCGGCAGCCAAGAGCACCCGAUUGGAGACAAGAGUUUUCAGUGCUACAUCCGCCAGCAGUCUGAGAGCUCCACCUACUCCAUCUAGCCAUGGUCCUGUAGACUGUUUCCAUGAUGCCCAGAACCAGCAUAUUUUUUCACUUCUGCAAAAAAAAAUCCAUCUUAACACUGCUCUGGGUCUAGCAUUGAGUUUUAAAACUUUAUUUUUUACUAAAGAAGAAGGUGAGAUCAUUUAUCUCUCAACCCACUGCCAGGCUGAACGAGCUGUGUGGAUGGACAUUUUUUUCUGCAGGACCUCGUGGUGCAUCACACCAGGUUCGGAGAAACAGACCUCAGAUCAGUAAGGACAGAAAGAGAGGAACAGACGUGGAUACGUCUGAAGAAGAUAAUCACACCACGAGUCUGUUUGAGUCUCCUUUCCCUGAUGUGACGAGAGAACAAACAAACGUUUUCACUGGACAGUUCUGACAGUGAGCGACACGCACUUUAAUCGUCUCCAGAUCUGUGGAUGAACAAGCCUCGCAGCACACUUUCAAAAAGCUUAUUUUAUCUGUUUGAUUUGUUUUUAAACGUUGUUUGAAAUGUUCCGUUGUAUUUCACGUCUGACCAGACCAAACUCUAGAAGGAAAGGACCGUGUUUUGAACCCUCUGUGGGGUGUUUUUUUGUUUUCGUUAUGUUUUGUCCCCAACCUCCUCAGGAAGGCUGCGAAGGUCGAGAGAAUACAAGAAGGGAUUAUCCGGACCAAGCACGGCCCGAAAACAGCUUGACGUUUGCCAUGAGAAAAUCACUCCACGGGCAGUUUUAUCCCUCAUUUUUUAAAACCCUUAUCAUCAUCAUGCUAACGGGUGUACAGGUUGAAGAGUUCACGUUUUGAGUCUUGGUAUGUUGUGGUUACACUCUUAGUUGUGCCCUGUGUAACCAGUACCUGGCUUAUACAAUUAGCUUGGAUAUUUAAGUUAAAGUUUUUUAUUUCUGCGUACACUGAGUCUGACAAACUCACAGAUGUCUUUUUCUAUCUCUGUAUGCUGAUUGAAGGGUGUUAAGAAGUCGCCGAAUGUUAAGGUGCAACUUCACUUUUGAGUAAAGAUAAAUAUCCUGGAUGGAAGAUUAUUUCAUCUCCAUCUUUGAAUGAAGACAUUAGAUCGUAUCCAAGUUCAAAAAGAUUUCAAACAGUGUUGUGGGCCCCUGUUAACUCCCACAGUUUGUGAAUUUGUGCACUAGCACAACUUUAUUUAGAAAAAUGUACCAUGUAACCACAAUUUAAACUGAAAUAACAAUGUGUUCAUAAUAUACACCCAUUGGUUCUGUAUAUUUAUAUUCCAUACAAAAGCUCUACAUCAAAUUCUGCUCUUAGAAUUUAUAUAAUGAUCCUGUUUCUGUCAGGAAUCUAUAAAUUCAACUAGAAUUACACCUAUGCAUUAAGUGCAAAUCUCUGCCAAGGCCCAACGAUCUUUUUUUUGGGAUCUGCACCAAAUUGCAAACUCAUAUUUUUUCUUCAAAGAAAAGUUGUUUUGAGAAAUCAAUGACAAUGUGUUAGACAACAACAAAUUCUUGAUCCACACCCUGAUUUAAAUCUGCACCAAAGUGUAAUGGGUUCAAUUUUUCGUUAUGUCCCAACCCUCCACAAAAUUUAAAGCAGAAUAAGAGAAACAUCUCUGAAUAUUAACAAACUGCAACAUGAACCAGGAGCCUCUGGGCCCCUGUAGAUCUGGGGCCUUUGGGCUGUAGCCUCUUUUCCCAACCACCCUAACCCUAAAAUAAGAAUAAAUGAGUAACUAUUACAGGAUCUGCAUGGAGAAGCUUUUCCAUGUUCCAUGUCAAGCAGCAUACAGACAUGAUGAAGGCAGGUGUUUGUUAAACUCUGCGUAAGAGAAAAAAAAAGAAAAACAAACGAUCCCUUCAAGCGUCACACAAAGCAGAAUCUGUGUGAGUCCGGCUCAUGCGCUGUGGUUCUUAGCUUCACUCCUAAUUAUUACAUGUACUAACGUUAUAACCAGUCUCCAGUUAUGCUUGUGAAAUGGAUGGUGUGUUCCUGGUUGUGUUGCCCAGUUGGCUGCCUGAUGAUGAUCUUUCUGUUCUAGUGACCUAGCUCCAUCUUACUUUUUUUGGAAGAAGCGGCCCCCCCUUUAGCCUGAAACCUAUUUAUGUGCACUUCUCUGAGAAACUGCUCGCUGUGAAUCUCACCGGUCAGGAUUUUGUUGAAGGUGCAGGAUUUUUUGUCGUUAACCCGGCUGGGUUGUGUAGUUUGACGCCCCCGCCCCCCCCAAAAUGCAACUGCCUCUCUCUUUUGGCUUCCAACGUUCAUCAGCACUCACUCUCUCGCCAAAACCUGUGCAUGUGAAGUUUAGUCGUAGCCACACAGGGUCGGUGGCCUCCGCAUUGUGCGACCAGGUGACCACAAACCAAUGAAUAAAAUUUUUGUAUUUUCCCCAAAAAUGGUUGUGUAGCCUCACCGGCUGCUCUGGUGGUCACCAGAUCCCCCUCAAACAGUGCCAGUCAUCACUUUUCAAAAAUUAUUUUUGAGAAAAAAAACGAACAAAAAAAUAUAUCAUUGUUUAGACAUGUUUUUUUUUAUAUAUCUAAGAACCUAUAACUGUUUUCAAAACGGACAGCAGUUAUUCAGAGGACAUCUUCUUUUCUUUGUUGAAUAUGUGGAUCUGGCGUACAGGGGAUGGAGAGAUGGUUCGACUCUGUUUUCUAUCUUUGUCUUGUCAUACAGGAAUCUUGCUGUGCGUCUGAAUUCAGUGACUGAGGUGUGUGUGUGUGUGUUUUGUGUAUGUGUGUGUGUGACUGAAAAGACGGGUUGUAUUGCCAAUUGAAUGAACCCAGUGUUACAGGUCAGGAAAGGCAGCAUCCCACAAAAAAUACAAAAAAUCACUGCCUGUACUUUUACUGAAGACUCUCUAGUCGCCCUGUGGAAGCUGUUGCUCUGCUCUGGCCUCAUAGGAAGUUUCUCCUCUUUCUCCUUGUAUAGAACCACUGAUCCUUUUCGAGACACAUUUGCCAAUUUAUUCUUCCAAAACAUGAAACACAGCAAAAACAUUUCUGUCUCUCGUCCCCAAACUGGAAACCGUAUUUAUUUUCUUUUUGAUCUUCAGUUUUGCCAAACCUUCCCAGAAACAUCAGCGGAGUUGGUGGGGGGUGUAACGGCAGUUACAGUAAUACAAACUCCCCCCUUCCCCCCUGCAGCCUAUACAGGAAUGAAUUAUGCAAUAAUUGUGUUUCAGCAUGCAAUAAUAUUAACAAACAUCCCCCCCCCCCCGACCCCACAAAUUAACAGCGCACAUCUGCUGACCUCUCGCAGCAAAAUAUGUCUCUUCGGAGACACACGUGAUUAUCAUAAAGGGAGAACAGUGUAUUUUGUACAAAUAUUUUAAAAGUAUUACAGUACGCCUGUUAUUUGUGUACAUAAAGCAGCUGAGUGAAUGGUGAAAAUGUGUUGUGUUUGUUUUUUUCCUGAAUAACUAAAUGAAACCGAUAUUAAUGCAAA